AUGAAGGAAGUUAAAAAUGAAGACGAAGCUUAUGAUUUGUAUAAUGAAUAUGCUUUUAGUAAAGGUUUUGGUAUUAGGGUUGGGAAAGGUCGGAAGCGUCAAAACAGUGAAUUUUAUACUAUGAAACGGUUCUUGUGUAGCUGUGAAGGGGUUAAAGAUGAAAAAAGGAAGAGAACAAGGUCUUAUGCUAGAUUGGAUACGCGUACUGGGUGUACUGCUUUUGUUCAGUUUUCUAUUGGUAAAGAUGGUGUAUGGACGGUUGUGAAUCAUAAUAUGAUUCAUAAUCAUGCUAUGGUUCCUCUAAAUAAGAGGCAUUUGAUAAGAUCACAAAGGAAGGUUAGUAAGGAGGCUCUUUACUUUAUGUCUACUUUAAAAGCUAGUGGUGUUAAAGUGUCUGAUACCUUGAGGGUUUUGAGGAAAGAAGUAGGCGGAUCACCUAUGGUCGGUUUUACAGCUAGUGAUGCUUAUAAUGCUUUAUCACGUGCAAAAGCUAAUAAACUUGAAGGUCAUGACUGUCAUCAGUUAAUCAAGUAUUUUGCUCAGAGAAAUUCUAGUGAAGAAGGUUUUUAUUAUGACUUUGAGCUUAGUGAAGAAGAGGGACUUUUAAGUUUCUUUUGGCGUGAUGGUCGGAUGAAGAGAGAUUAUGAUUAUUUUGGGGAUUUAUUGGUUUUUGAUACUACUUAUAGGACCAAUAAAUAUGAUAUGAUUUGUGCUCCUUUUGUUGGUAUGAACCAUCAUUCUAAUAAUGUUAUGUUUGGAAUGGGUUUUGUUAUCAAUGAAAAAACCGAAUCUUUUAAUUGGCUUUUUCAAACUUUCCUUACAUCCAUGGGUGGAAAUCCCCCAAUAACCAUUAUGACAGACCAAGCUCCAUCCAUUGCUGCUGGGAUAAGGAAUGUUUUUCCAGAUGCUAGACAUAGAUUAUGUACGUGGCAUAUUGGGGAAAAUUCAAAGAAGCAUAUUGGGCAGUAUAGAGCUUUAGAUGGUUUUUCUGACAUAUUCAAUUAUCUUCUGAAGUAUUGUGAAACUGCUGCUGAGUUUGAAUAUCAUUGGCCAAGAAUGUUGACUCACUAUAAAUGCGUUGAAAAUCCAUGGUUGAAGAAUUUAUAUACAAUUAGAGAGAUGUGGUGUCCUGCUUAUUCUAAGAAUUAUUGGUCUGGUGGUGUGUUAUCAUCACAGCGAUGUGAAACUACCAACAAGUCAGUUUCCCAUCGACUUGAUAAGACACAAGGGUUAUGUGAUUUUUAUCAUGUUUUUUUGGAUGUUAUUUCUGAUUGGAGGAGCAAAGAGAAUGGUCAUGACUACAGAAAUUGGAAAGGUAGACCAGAAGUUGCAGCUGCAAAUUGCGGAAUUCUUCUUCAUGCGAGAAAGAUUUACACUAUAGAAGCAUAUGUUUUGUUUGAAGAACAAUUUCUUAAAGGGAUGGCAUGUUCUCAAGAAGAAAUACGUGGAAACACAGCUAUAGAGAAAAGUUAUUAUGUGUGGAGGCCUAAAAAAGACUUGAUUAAACAUGAAGUUCGGUUUAACCAAGAGACUUUUGCAGUGGAUUGUACUUGUCAGUACUUUACUGAAAUGGGUUUUUUAUGUUCUCAUGCGCUUCGUGUUUAUCAUGUGCAUUGUGUCCCAGAGAUUCCCAAUCUUUAUAUAUUGAAGAGGUGGACAAAAGCGGCUAUGUGCAGUCAUUUGGUUGAAGAUGAUGGGGAAAAGUCUAAUAUAGUUGCGGCUUCUGUUUGGAGGGCACAGACCCUUAGGAAUUUUGUUAAGCUUGUUAUGUCUAGUCAAGAUUCUCUUCAAGCUAGGGCUGAGGUUGAUUCUGCCUUUGGUCUUUUAAAAGAAAAAGUGGAGAGUAUUAGGGGUACUAUUGAUUUUUCUGAUCCUAAAGAGGGUGAAGAUAUCUUUGUGCCGUUAGUAAAAAACCCACAGAAUUUAAGGAAAAAAGGUGAGAGGAAUGACAGAUUGAAGGGUACAGUUGAGAAAAUCUACAAUAAAGCUAAAGGGAAUUGGAGGAGGAGGAAAGCAAAAUUUACAGAUGCAACAAGGUUUAAGGCUCAAUCUGCAGUCAUGGAGUUGGAUGAAGUUGGUGCUCCUGUGAUUUUUUCUAAUUCUCUUAGUGACUCAUCUGAUCUAGUUGUACUAGAUCCAUCACUAUUUCAGCCACCUCCAAAAUAUUUUAGAAGAGGUGCAGCUGUUGAUAAAAAUGUAGAAUCAUCGGACAAGGAAAACAAUUCAACAAAUGAAACAUCAAAUGAUUCAUAUAUUCAUGGAAGUACUAAAACCGAUGCAUGUACAAAAGUUAAAGCACCAUUGGCUACUAAAGCACCAUCGGCUACUAAAGCACCAUCGGCUACUAAAGCACCAUCGGUUAAUAAAGCACCAUCGGCUACUAAAGCACCAUCGGUUAAUAAAGCACCAUUGGCUACUAAAGGAACAUCAGCCACUAAAGCAAAAAAGGAUCAGCAGAGAUUUGAGUAUAAUAUCAAGAGUGCAUUUGACUUGGGACUUUCACCAACACCGAUGCUUACUAAAGUUUCAUCUGUUACUAAAGCUCCAUCUUGUACUGAAGCUAAAGUUCAACGACCUAUUCAUGCUUCAGAAAUUAUUCAAGUAGUACCUACAGUUCACGGAUCUAUUCAGGCUGAAAAAAUUACUCAAGUUGGAUCUAAGGUUCAAGGACCUCAAGUUUCAUUGGUUACUAAACCUCCGUUGGGUAUUAAAGGAUCUCAUCAAUCUGCUAAUGAUCAAGCUUAUUUGAAAUUUAAGUAUGAUGCUUUCUUAGCUCUUUUUGAUGAAUCAAUGGCUGCUGAAGAAGCCAUUAAAAGUCAAUGA